UAAAAGUGAAAGCUGAAGUAAUUGAGAGGCGCAAAUUAAUCCACAAUUGGAGGGUGUUAGCGAUAUGUAGCCGCUGAGAAAUUGAAAAGACGUAAAGAUGUUGAUGUCCCAUUCCGCACCACCAGAAUAUGAAAAUGAAUUUCAGCGGGUGUUUGUUGGAGUUGGAGGCGAGAGUAAUAGUAUAAAAAGCCUCUGCCUCUGUUCCCGCUUCUGCAAAAACAAUGGCUAUGGCAUUGGAAAUGGAGGAGAACUGCAAUCCCAAUUCUAAUUGUCAAACAUUCUCUCUUUCUCUCUAUCAACAUAGUCAUACCGCCCACAAUGCAAAUGCACCCAAAUGCAGUGUCCCAAAUUCAGCCAAAGAUUUUGAGAGUUCUUCAUCACACUCUGAGUCUUCAGAGGGCAAUGAGAGCACUAGUAGUGGGAAGAGGGUGCGAAGGAGAUGGGUGUUUCCUGCCCAAAAUCAACGUAGCAGUUGUGGAAGUACAGAGGCGUCCAGGAAGGGAGUUUGGAGGAAGUUGAAUUCCCAUGAAAGAGCAGAGAAAACUGACAAGCGAGUUGUGAAAUUGACAAGCGUAAAGCCAUUUGAGCUCAAGACACAGCAAAGGGGUCAAUUGAAGGAGCAAGAGUUUAUGAAAAAGCUAAAUGAGAUGCUUUCUCAAGAAGAGAAAUGUCAUAUCCCAAUUGCACAAGAGUUGCCAUUGACCACAGAUGAACCACAGAUUGCGGAAAAACAAUAUUAUCUAGAGAAACGAAGGCUAGAAGAAGAGAGCAUACAAAAGGCACUUGAAAUGGAAGAAGUUAAGAGAAUGAGGCAAGAAAUGAUUCCUCGAGCUCAAAUGAUGCCUUUCUUUGAUCAAUCCUUUGUCUCGCAAAGAUCUACAAAGCCUCUCACACUUCCAAAGGAACCAAACUUUCACACUACUUAUACCAAGAAUGCCAAUUGGGGCUUAUGCAUGUAAAAUAUUAUAGAACAUGUCAUAGAAUGACAAAUCAUUUAUAUGUUGGAUAAGAAUGUAACUACAAAUAGCUUUGAUGCUAAUGUUAGAGGCACACAAACCUUAAUGAAUAGGAUCUAAUAGGGAUUUAGUGUCAUAUUGCCAUCCAUUCCAAGGAUAAAAAGGCAUAAUAUAAGGUCUCUCCCACACUUUAUGUACAAAUAAACAAUGUGUGGGAAAUGAUGGAAUGGGGGUGAAUAAGAAUUGAUUAUAGUAAUGCCAAAAUGUAAUUUUGAGAAAUAUUAUAUCCUUUAUAGGAUACAACAAAUGUCGGGUCGAGCAUUUUAGAUUACAAUUAUUUCUUAUCUUUUAUAAAAUGGUAUUUUAGAGUGAUGCUCCAAGGAA